AUGGUGCGUCCAUUUUCCAACUGCAUGGAGACUUUGUGUACGACAGCGGCAUUGACACAUUGGCCAUGGAAGUUCCUAGAAAAUCAAGCUGAAAAGAAGAAACACGAUGAUGUGUCUCCAGCUAAGCGCAGCAAUCGCACAGUAGCGCUCGGAUAUGCAGCACUGGGUGUAUUAUUUCGUCCAACAAAUGCCAUUAUUUGGCUAUAUCCUGGACUCGUGCAUUUCUUCCAGACUCGUGAUCGUGUCCAUCUCGUGUUGAAUGUGGUUCUACCGAUUGCACUUGUUACUACGCUCGCAAUGUUGUGCAUCGAUCGUCUUGGAUAUGGCGAAUGGACUUUUGUGCCGUUUAAUUUCUUCAAGUUUAACGUUCUAGAGGGUAAAGACAGGCUGUAUGGUGAACACCCCUGGAGCUGGUAUUUCUUGCAGGGCUAUCCGGCCAUUAUAGGCACAGCGUUGCCGCUUGUUAUAGUCGGAUAUCUCACUCUCUCGAAAAAAGAUGUCGGGCAGUUUCGAUUCAUGCUUCCUUUGCUUCCACCUGCGUUCAUGUACGCUGGAUACUGCUUGUGCAACCUUGAGAAAAAACUUUAUGUUCAAUUUCGUGACCAAACGCAGUGGAAUCUGCUGCGACUCGCUGCGUUUUCAGUCGUUGUGCCGAAUGUGCUCACUGCGUACUAUUUGUCUCGAAGCCACCAGCGUGCUCCCGUAGAAGUGAUGGACUAUCUAGCGGACCGCAUUCGAGAAAGCCAAGACGUGUCAAUCCACUUUUGGACUCCUUGCCAUGCAACACCAUACUACAGCUAUUUACACCAAAACAUUUCAAUGUGGUUCCCGGAUUGUUCACCAGCCAAUCGUGAGCAAUCCGAAGGUUGCGAGUCGCACCAGCUUGAACGCGACCCGGGGCUGUUCCUUACGAAACUCUACGACCUGCAGCCAUCAGAUGGUCUAACCAGCAGUGCUUCAACCUUGGAGCUCCCAACAUACGUCGUGACGUACUCCACGAUUGCUGCCAAAAUCAGACCGCUUCUAGCUAACAUUCACUUUGUCGAGGCAGCAUCAUUCUUCCACAGUGACGUAAGUGGAGAUGCAAAUUCGUCGGAAGUCGUGUCGAGCAUGUUGGUGUACAAGCGCGUCUAG